GUGAUAUCUGAUGUCUUCGGAUAUUUUUUUAGUAAUGGCAACACUGCAGGGUUCGCAGGACGCAUGUGGAAAUGUGGUGGAAAUCUUGACAAGUCUCAAAAGGCAAGACGCCUAACGGGGAUGGCAGGAAGUUAUUGUGAAAACUCGAAAACCAUGGUGGAAUGUGUUUGGUCUUGCAUGAUGAGUUCGGCCCUAGCAUCGUUGACAGCCACAUACACAGACUCUGAAGGCGAAGAAGAUGGAAACGAUGAUCAGAACGAUAAUACCAGUGAAGAUGUUCAAACCAAGUCCCCCAGCAACUCAGCCUCGGACAACAAGUCCACACCGUCCUCUCACCCAUCAAGUCCAAUCGUCAAAGUCGUCACUAGGCUGAAGAAAUUGGUUUCCUAUCAUGAUGACACAAUUGCCUCUGAUGAAGAAAAUGAUUCUGAGGCAGUGCCCCAAGAAAUGAUCAUGAUGGUUGAUAGUUAUAAGACUGAGGAUAUGGAAGUAGCUGCUGAUGAUGGCAUAGCCAUUCCCGUUGAGCCACCAGGGCAUUGCUCCAUUGAGCUUCAGGAUAAGAUCACGAAGUUGUAUGAGAAAAUGGUGAAUCAACAACUUGACAUGAAUGCUGUUAUACAGAAGAGAAAGGAUUUCAGGAAUCCCAGUAUCUAUGAGAAGCUUAUACAGUUCUGUGAUUUGAAUGAACUUGGUACCAACUAUCCACCUGCAAUGUAUGACCCCCUGAAAUGGAGCAAAGAAUCCUACUAUGAAGAACUUGCCAAGGUCCAGAAGACAGAAAUGGAUAAGCGGGAAAAAGAACGUAAAGCAAAAGUGGAAUUUGUUUCUGGAACAAAAAAAAGUGAAGAAGACAAGAAGAGAAAAAGCAAAUGGGACCAACCAGGUGGUGGAGGCAUGUCCAAUUCAAAUAUGAAACCAGCAGGUUGGGUACAACCUUCUCUAACUACUAGUUCCACUGGUACUAAAAGUACUGUGAUAUCUGCUUUUGGAUCAUUGCCAAAGAAAAGGCCAUGAAAUGUUGGGUGGAUUUGUGUCAGUAGACAAAAGACCUACAAUAGUAAUAGUUAUAUUUAAUUUGUGUAAUGAACAAUUCCAAUUAUUUCGCCAAUUUGGCCGUGAAUUUUUGAACAAAUUCGUCCGGUCUGUGAAGUAAAACUAAGUGGUACAAAGUUGACAAAGUCAUAAAUCAUUCAUCAUCAAUAAAUAAAUGUUUUGAUCAGG